UUAAAAUCUCAUAAAGUUUAGUACUGACACCCUUCAUCUCAAUAGGCAGUAGCUAGUAAGGUUCUGCAAAUGGAAUUUAGAAGUGUAUCUGACAGAAUCUCAGCUGUAUAGUUUGUGCAGCAAGCAGAGCCAUGAUGCUUUGGGACCUGGAUGUCAUUGGUAGAAAAAGACAACCUUGAAAAAUGUGUCAGCUUUAUUUAUUCCUCUUGCUUCUAAGACCAGGAACUGCAGAGACUGCUUCUUCACACAUCUUUAUCUAAGCUAACACCACUGGAGAGAAACAAUGAGGUUUGAGGAUGUACUCCAUGAAGCUGGUGACUUUGGAAAGUUUCAGUUUUGGGUUCUGGGACUUCUAUUUAUGCCAAGGAUAAUUAUUCCCCUGCACUUUAUGCUACACAACUUCUUGGGUUUGGUCCCACCUCACCACUGUACCAUUCCAGCUCAGGACAGUCUGAAGAACUUAACUGAGAAUGUGAGACUCACAGUCAGCAUUCCUAAGGAGUCUGAUGGGACCUUCAGCUCCUGUAAGAUGUUCUUAGAGUCACAAUUUCAUCUCCUGUCCAACUCUUCCCAGGAAAUUGGGAACAUCUCUUCUAUUACACAAUGCAAAGAUGGAUGGCAAUAUAAUAACACCCAGGUGAAGUCCAGUAUUGUAUCUGAGCAUUCCAUAUACCUGCUUGAAAUAUGUCCUAAUCAUUUAAACUUUAACAUGAAUUCCAGGAAGAAAUUAAACAAAAUACUUAGAGUCAUGCAGAGGUUUCCUGUCCCUGCAAGAGAAAUUCCAGAAAUAGCUCUCAUUGAGGCAAACAUUGCAUACGAGUUGGAAAAUGCAGCCAUGACCCCAGAGACUGUGGAAAGUCUUGAAUGGAUUGCACUGCAGAAGAGGACUUUUCAUGGAACAAUAACUGGUCUAGCUUGGUGUAUUGGGAAUAUGUUACUACCCCUGAUUGCUUAUUACAUCACGGAAUGGCGUUGGUUUAUCUUCACUGUAACAAUGCCAAAUGCUGUGGCAAUUCUAAUUUGUUGGUGGGUUCCCGAAUCUGCAAGGUGGUUACUAAUUACAGGAAAAAUCGAAAUGGCUGAGAAGGCCCUGCAGAAAUGUGCAUCUGUGAAUGGGAGAAUGGAUUUCAGCUCCAGAAUCAACAAGGAGGCUUUAACAAAAGUCGUGACGCUACAAGAACCAAACAAAGGUUUAUCCUAUCUGUAUUUGGUGAAAACUCCUAAAAUGAGGAAACUUGCAUUGUUCAGUGGGAUUAUGUGGUUUGGCGUAGUCUUCACAUAUUAUGGGAUCAGCUUGAAAAUCACUGGAUUUGGACUAAAUAUAUAUUUAACACAAUUCAUCUAUGCAGCCAUUGAAGUUCCUGCUAAAAUAAUAACAUAUUUUAUGUUGGAUAGAACUGGUCGAAGGCAAGGGCAGGCAUGGUCUCUGAUAGCAGCAGGUGCAAUGAUUGCUGUGACUGCAGCUAUACCUUUAGAAUUUGGCCUGGCUAGGUCUUUAGUUGCCAUUAUUGGGAAGGGACUGUCAGAGAUGGCCUUCACUGUAGCAUUACUUUAUACUGCUGAGCUCUACCCAACGAUUCUUAGACAGACUGGUAUUGGAUACACCGGCUUUGUGGGUCGGAUAGGAAGUUCAAUUGCUCCUUUGAUCAUAUUGCUGGAAGACACAUGGUUCUAUUUACCUUACAUAAUAUUCAGUUUUGGAGCUUUCAUCUGUGGUGCUGCAGCUUUCUUCCUGCCAGAGACAACAAAUGUUAACCUGCCUGAGACAGUUGACGAUAUUGAGCAAGGAAGCCACAUGUUCAAAACUUCUAAUCAUCCUGGACAGCAUACAGAUGAGAUCUUCAAAAUUGCUAGAAUCCAGAAUGAAGAACAAGAAACACGGUUGUAAAACCUGCAACAGACAUCCAGAGUAAAAGCUGCAAAAAGCACACUUUGCAUCUGCUUCAUAAGAAAUUAUUUUUUUAUUUUGCUAUCCCAUUAUAAAGAUAAUAUUCAGAGACCAUUUCUUUUACAAUGAGAUAAAGAAAAGCAGUUGAACUGCAACUAUAAUCUUUAAUAUAGUUUGGUUACAGCUGGGUAUAAUUUUUCCUUCUCUGUUCAUCGUUUGUUUAUGAACAGUGAUCCACCAUUUGCAUUUUUAUCUUAACAGACUGUAGUGAGCUUGAAUUCACAGAUACACUCUAGGACAGGGUUAUUUUCUUUCUUGCCUUUUAACUAGAUGAUGACUUGAAACAUGGCGAGGUAUAUAAAAUCAAAGGAGAUGCUGUUGAAAAAACAGAGACUUUAAUAAUCUGUGGACAUUUUAACUAUAUCAUGACAAAAAUUGUUCUACUAAAGUGUUUUAGCACUUUUGUUUUUAGUAAUGCAGACAAUCUAAAAACAACGCACAUCAAUGAUACAAAAGUCCCACACGUGAACCAAAAUUCAAUUGGUCAUCAGCUUGCUGUAAAAGGAGUGCAAAAUGCAUGCCAUGGGAAGAAUUUAUAAUCAUUACCAUGUUGUGUACAUACUGAGGUAACCAUUUCCAAUUCAGUAAAAGGAGUGCAAAAUGCAUGCCAUGGGCAGAAUUUAUAAUCACUACCAUGUGGUGUACAUACUGAGGUAACCAUUUCCAAUUCAGUGAUAGCCCUGCAAGGCUGCUACAUCACAAAGAUGUGUUGAAACACAGUGCGCUAUCUUUGUGACAUGCAGGAAAUGCUAAUGAAGCAUUCUGGCGGAGUCAUUAGCUAUGUGUGGUAAGACAUCUAAAAAACUAAGCAAUUCAGUCACUCAGCUGGUUAAGUUACCUCAGCCACCCAUGUUAACAAGCACAGACAAGACAUUGUUUCUCCCAAUUGUCGUAAAGCUAAAUGCCAGGGUGUUUAGCAGUCUGGUCAUGUUGUGGGGGGGGGGGGGUGUGCAUGUGCGUGUUUGUGUAAAUAUGUUUGAUUAUGAAUGUGAGUGCGUGUAGAAAUAGGAGUAGUAUAUGGUGAGUGUGUGUGUGUGUGUGUGUGUGUGUGUGUGUGUGUGUGUGUGUGUGUGUGUGUGUGUGUGUGUAUGUAUGGGGGUUAGUUAGGGGACAGAUAAGUUAGGUGUGCACGUUUGUGUGUGUGUGUGUGUGUGUGUGUGUGUGUGUG